GUAUUUUAUCAAAUUUUUAUAUUGACGUUCACGAUUCCUCAAUUUCUCAGUCGGUCACAGAUCGUCGAGUUGGAAGGUGUUUAGCGUUAGUUCAUAGAUCGUUGUAAAAUAUCGUAGUUCGAAAUGAAAUGCCGGAUAAUUAUAAUAUCGAUGCUAUAUUAGAAUAAAUUUUUUUGGUGUAGUAAAAUAUUAAAUUUAAAUCGGUUUGAAUAAUUUUAAUUGAUAGAAUAUUUAAUUUUGAUACUAUUUUCGAUAAAACAAUGAUGACGUUCGGAAUAUUGGUUUGGUUUUUAAUUUGUUAUAUCGUCUUAUUUUUGAUUGGAUUAGUGACAGCUACUGGAGAAACUGUUAGUGUUAAUAAACCUAUAUUGAAAUCUACGAACUCUUGGCACUUUUCUACAGAUUACGUAAGGUGUUUUUGCAACCUGCCGACGUGCAUGAUGACGGGAUACAUGUGCAAAUCUAGUAACGGCGGAUGUUUUUCUGAUGUACCGGAAAGUACCGACCACGAUAAAGGACGACAUGGAUGUCUGGAACUGUUAGAACAAAAAUACAGAUGCCACGGUAAAACUGGUAUAAACGAAAAAACAACUUUCAGAAAAAAAGAAAACACGAAAUCAAGAUUGAUGUGUUGCCAUUAUGAUAUGUGUAAUCACAUAGAAAAUCCACAAACUAAAAAUCUAAUGAACGCAACGAAAUUAGUUGCAUCACCUCGAGAAACCGAUGCUAAAUAUCAAAAAAGAGAAGAGAAGUUUUUAUAUUCCGAUUCGGAAGUAUGGUUCCGAGCAGCUACAAUAGCGGUACCGAUAUGCGGAGCCGUUAUUUUAUUCGUUUUAAUCGCUUUAGCUGUCAAAAUACUAAAAAGCGAACACCAAAAUUCAUCAAUUAAUAAGUUGGGACCUACUUUGUAUAUUCAGCCGGUGUCGCAUCAAAAAAACGCCAAAGAAAAAUGUAAUCAAAAUCAUUUUCACCGGACUUACGAUAAUCUUCUUCGUAAAGAUUAUGUUACGUCACCUCACAAUAAUUUCUAUUGUACGCACGUCGAGGAGUACCCAGGGCAGUUCCACGAACCUCUAAUUCAGAGGGAAUCUACUACGAGUGAUGAAAAAAAUAGAAACCAAACAAGAUAUAAUUUGGUGAACUACGAAGAUUCCGGGAAAUCAAUUAUCUUGGAAAUUGAAAAGGAAAAACCACCUCGAUCUGAAGUGAAUUAUACGGCGGAGGUAAAUAAAUUUCCUGUUCAGAAAACUUUCCUUUCUUGAUUAUUUUCAACAUAUAAGACUGAGGGUAUUAAUAUCACUGCGCUUAAAUAACUUUUUGAAUAAUUAUUUUUUACAAGGAUAUUUUGAGAUCAGUUUAAUGAAUCAUACUCGUAUUUAUUGUUGGAAUGCUAUAAGAAAAUAUCAAAAAAAAAUGUUUUUCAACGAAUUGUUAGUAAAAUUAAUCUUAGUGCUAUUAAUUUUUGAUUCAUUGGAUUUUAGGCUGUGAAAAAUACUGUAACUCAUAACAAUAAAUGUAUUCGUCUAGACGUAUAAGAAUAUUUUGACAAUUUUAGUGCAUUUUCUUGGAUUUUUCAGAAUAGUAAACAGAUUUUUUGUAAAUUGAGAAGAUAUUUGAUCGAAUAUUUAAGUCUUAUCUAUAUUUGAAGUUUUUCGUACAAUUGCUGACUAGUAAAAUCAAAUUUUGGAGUAUACUUAACUUUUUUGUUAGAUUUUGAACAUUAUUUAUAAAAAAAAAUGAUAACUGAAUUAAAUUUUAUUGAUUCACUUCUAGAUAUACGAAAUUAUGCAUUAGUAAUUAUACUUUGUCUUCAAAAGAGUCUUUUUCUGACUAAAGGAGUUAACUACUUACAAUCUAUGUUAACCGUAACUUUUAAACUCACAAUUUAAUUAUCUGGAAAGUAUAUAGGGAAAAGAAUGAAACAAAAUAAUUUUUUUAUUAUUCUGAAACCAUGUUAUGAAUGAAUUUUAAAAUAAAUACCCAUUUCAUAGACACUAACAUAAUUUCACACCUUUUGAUCAAUAAAUGUUUAUAUACAGUGUGAUUUAAUAAAGGAGAAUACUUGUGAAGCCAUAAAAUUCAGAAUAUUGAAUGUAUGUGGAAAUAUAUAUGCCGAAAUUGAUUUUUAAUAGAAGAAAAUUUGAUAUAUUCAAAAUUUAUGAGAUUAAAUAUCAACAGUAGACUUAUAUAAAUGUUAAUAAAAGUAGAAAGAGUUAGUUUCGACUAUUGGUGUUAAACUAAACAAUUCCACAGUGAAAACUAAAUAUUGUGCUAACAUAUCGAAGGUAAUUAUUUCAAAUAUAAUGAAAUUCAAGUCAAGUGCUCUAAUAACAAAUUUAUUGAUUCGUAAUGAUCAAAUGUUACCCAUGCUUUAGGCAUAUCGAAGAUUAUAGUUGAUUAUAUAUUAAAUCCCUACAAAAUUGAGUGAAAGGCCAGAAGACGUUUUAAAUGACGUGAAAAAGUACCCCAUUGCCAAAUAAUAUGUAAAGACUGAACUAACAACCUCAAAACAACAAUUUCAAAUUAAACUUUCUCCUCUUUUUGACAUUUCCACUUUAAAAUCAAAUAAAUUAAGUUACUAGUACCAAUUAUACCUUUAUUUUUUUUCUAUACUUCAAAGAAUUUGAAAGGAUUAUAUACAUGAUGUAUCGAUGAAGAACCAAAGUCUUAUUAUUUAUGAAAAACAGUUGUCUCUUUAAUAGAUCACACAGUAUAUUUUAUAUCCAAUGUUUAUAACAUAUCAAUAGUUACGAUUAUUAGUUUGGCGUGGUAUUAGAUAUGAAAUAGCCUUAGAUCACAUAGUUACUUUGGUAAAACAUUGAUUCGAAAAGUAUUUUUAUGGUUUUCGAUUCCUUCAAUCGUUUAUUUUUUUAGAUAAUCUAAUUAAUUAGAAUAGAAAAUUCCUGUCUUGUUGACAUUAAUAGAUGUUACCUAGAUGUAACUAUGAGAUCCAAGGAAAAAUCAAAUUAUUAUCGAAUAAAAAGUGUGUAAAUAAUUUUGUAAUUUUAUGAAUAGAAAUGUGAUUAUAAUUAUACAUUAAAUUGGACAAUAAAUGAGAUUAAGUUCAUUUUAAAUUGUUUGAGAAAAUUUUAGAUACAGAGGUGCAAAAAAACUCAAAUCUAUAUUUUGAUAAUAAUGACCAAGAGAUUAAUAUAGGGUAGUUGCGUUAAGAAAUAUGCAAGUACUAAUAAUUAAAUAAUGUCAAUUUACAUUGACAGAAUAGACUAAUAACAACUUAAUGUUUAUAUUAAAACCCUCGUGGUUCCAUAUUUUCUAACAGAUAGGAGAAAUAAUGAAUCGGAGAACGAAAAAUCAUCUACUGAGUAUUUUUUUCCAAUAUAACUUCAAAAUACUCUACAGUGCGUUUCGAUUUAAAUAUUAACAACAAAUUCAUUCUUCUGUUCUUUUCACUGAGGUUAUAAUGGAGUUUUCUCCCAUGAAAACUUUCCAAAGUCAUAUUUAGUUUCUCCGGUAGUACUCGAUGCUUCUAUUUUACUUCUUAGACUUUCUUAUGUGUUUUCGUUGCUGAUUUAGGUCUACUUUGUUUAGAAUAAGUUAAAAUUGACCUUUCGAGCUUUUUGUGUACCUCAGAUAGACAAUACACGUUUCUGUGCCAUUGGUAAUGAUAGUCAUUAUUCUAUUCGACUAUAUUUUAAUCAACGUUAAAUGUCAUCAUAAAUUUAGUGUUUUUUUUUAUAUAAUUCCCUUUUAACAAGCCAGACUAUCUCCCACACCCAACCACAAACUCAUAUUUGGACACCUAAUUAACCUAACCUAACUUCUGACUGAAUUUUUGAUGUAACCAAUUUUUUGGUUAGGUUAGGUUCCUUAUGUCAUUUUUUAUUUUUAUAUCUAAACUCAUUAUCGAAUUUUUCGUAGUUUGUUCAAAUGUCUGUACCUAAAAUUUACUCAAAAAAUUAUUAAAUUGUAAAUAUAUUGAGUUGUAAUUUCUGGAAUCGUUUGAGAUAUUUACACCGAACUAUUACCACUACACCAACACUCGCAAUUACACCAUCUGGUCCUUCUAGCCGGGUACGAAUAAAGCUCAAAUGAUUCGAUGGUAUAAUGCGAAUGUUGUUGUAAACAACGUUUAGUAUAAAUAUAUUAUUGUACACAUAUAAAAUUUUGUACUUACUUUUAUGUAAUUUGUAUUAUAACUUGAUUAUAACUGUAUCAUUUUAUUCUAAAAAUUGAAUAUAUUUAUCUAUUAUUGUUCCUGAAUGUAUAAUCUCUUUUAAUAUAUUUUUUUGUAAAAUUAUUUUUUUUCAAGUAAUAUACUUUUGA